AGUGGAUGGGUCGGGUCUGGUUUAGUCUCCAGGAUCCAAUUAUUUUGUUGUGAAUAAGAUAAUUAAAGACUCGUCAAUCAAUUAAAAUAAUCUCUAUAUUGUAUUUAGUCGUAAAAGCAUCUCAUAUAAAUAAAAAUGAAUGUAUUAAAGGGUAUUUGGAAGACAUCACCACUGAUCAGGAGCACCAUAGCCACAAACUAUGCCACUCUUCGGCCUCUUUCAACUGUCACGACUACUCCAGUACCAAAGACAAUCCAGGACAUCCCUAGCACAGUGGAGCUGGACAAGUUGUAUAAAAAAGUUGAGUUGGAAAUGAGAGGCAUAGAUCCUGCUGUCCUGCUCAGUUACUCCUGGUUCUGUGUUGCUGCCGCGUCGCAUUUAGGAAUUGAAGUGACGAAAAGUUUUGCACCCAGAAAAGCUGAAAAAGAGAGACACACCCUCCUCAGAUGUGUCCACAUUUACAAAAAGCACAAAGUGCAGUAUGAGAUCCGUACAUACUUUAGGUUCAUCCAUCUCCAAAGACUCACCGGCUCCACCUGCGACACAUACUUGGAAUAUAUUGAACGGAAUCUUCCGGAAGGUUGCGCUUUGAAAGUCACUAAAGUCGAAUGUCAGAAGUUACCAGAACACAUCACCCCACCCACUGAAUAGUUAAUGUAAAUAUGUUGUAGAAAGUUUAGAAUAAAAGAUUUAAUAAGUA